UUUAAAAAGAAAAAUUUAUUGCAGUUAAGCAAGGUAUAAUCUGUAGAUUCAAGGAUUAUUUAAUAUUUACUAUUUUCUGAAACUGAAAAUUAAAAUAUGUGGCUUAAAUAAUUUGCCGAGUGAGAAUAUUGACAACCUCUCUUAUUUAGUAUUUUGAUGGAAAACGGGAGAGGGUAGAAAAAAUGGUUAUAUCCUACCAGCUCACGGGUAUUUCUUGAAGAGCACGUAAAAAGUUGCGAAACAGUGUUUCUGGCACUUCACCGUUUUCGGAUUAAAGUUUGCUAACUAACCUCCCUAGAUACACCGUCCAUGUGUAUAAUUUUUAUAUUUAUUAAUGUGGACGUCAACUGCUGAACAAGUCGGCACUCUCCAUCAUGGGUUUUCAAACCCUGGAGAUUCUCAGACAGGGAGUAUGGGCAUCAGUUACGGGAGGAUUUUUCUACGACCCUCAUCACGACCUCUUCUGCAACACAUUCCACUUUUACAUGUGGAUGUUUCUUGUCCUGUCACCUUUCUUGGUUCAUUUGUGGUCUAGUUGUACGUGGUACCCUUGGGUGGCUUAUACUGGUUCUGUUUUGAUUGCAUUUGCUGCAAUUAAAAUAAUCAAUCUCAGAUUGCAUUUUAUGUUUGAUACCAGUGAAUCUAUUGAAGAGCAGCCACAAGACGUUCACAGACUGCAUCAUAAAGGCAACCAAGCCAAUAGUGAUUUUGAAGAUAUUGAGUUACAAGUACUGAGCACCAAAGAAACACGUUCUGACAGUGUCUCGCCAACAGUGCCUGAUACGUUCUUUCAUUCGGUAUCGAACCGAAGUCAACAAGGGCGAACAAUAUCUUCAGUGAAUGAAGCUGUGUGUGAACUUUCUGCUGCAGGUGUCACUGCUAGUAGUGAUCAACAUUGUGAUGUUAAAGUUGACGUUCACCGUAAAAGCAGUUCAGCCAGCAGCGAACCCACCAUUUUGGCACUCGAUGCCCAACCAGAGAAAACAACGCGGCAGUCAAUCACCAAGUCAAAGGGUCACGCGUUGGUCGGUGGCGAUGAUUCUUUCACGCCUGAGGCCAUGACGUCUCUCAAGUCGGUAGACACGGAGGAGGCAGAAAAGGCUGAACGGAGUUGUCUUCGACCAUCUACUGGUGGUCGACGGUUUUCCAACGUCUCCAAUUUAGCUUUCGAGAUGAGUAGAACUACAAUUUCGGCUCCGCGCCUUCAAGGCGGUGGAUCUUUAGAAUUGGGAUUUGUCUUAGAAGAUUCAGUUCAACUGACUAAUAAAAACAUUUCACGCCCUUCUGGUACUGGAGGUUUAGCAUCUGUGCGACGAACCCUUAGCGCACUUGAAACCUCGUCUGGUUCAGCUGAUCCGUCAUCAACAGCUUCUGCCCCUCAAAAUGUGGGAGGAGCCCUGAGCUACGUGAUAUGUGAUCCCAUUACGGAGCACCAAAACGCCGAACAGUUCCAUCAGCAAAGAGAUGCCGAACGAAAAAUUGAUUUAUCCACCUACGAAACUGGUGCGAUGGUCGUAGUUGGAGCAACAACGCCUACAGAGCGCAGUCCUCUACUAGUCCCUAAUGCUAAAGCGAAUGAUGAACUUCCUGACUGGGCUGCUUUCUUGACUAGCACGCCCAUGCAAAAGCAGCUGUUACGACAACCUGCUAGCAGUAGCGCCAGCAGCAGCACCACAGCCAGUCAAGAUGCUUUACAUAGUCUAAAUGUAUCGCGGACCCGGCAACUCUUUGCGUUGUCUCCAAUGCGAGCUCAUCCCAUCUCCUCCACAGAGAUUUCCAAUGGUCGUCCUGGACAAGCUCCACUUCGUGACUUAGACACGCCAACAUCUAAUUCAAGUUCUAGUAGUACAGCAGAUAGCACGGAAGGCGAAGCUAUUCGACUUCUACCUCUCCCUCCGCGAACGUUGCCCUUGCCUUUACGUUCGCCUCCUACACUAACCACAUCUAUUAGCACCACCAUUUCCAGUUCAUCUCUACCUCUGCCUUCAGCAUCCGGCGACCAAGGAGUUAUCCCCAAACGCCGUCAACAUUCCGGAACGUGUCAAAUUGAAGAAGAAUCGGAAGAAGAAGAAAAUGAAAUUGCUGCUGAUUCUACAAGAUUGCAGGAUGACGUGAGUCAAUUCACACCACCGAAAAGACGGAAAUUAGCAGCCAGACGAAGACGUCAUCCAGUUGAAUCGUCUGGCAAUAGUAUGGUAGCAAUGUUAGAAGAUGAGGCAUAUGGAAGUAGCACGGGUGCAAUAGGUCACGCACGUAAUCGGAAACCAUGUACUAACAGACCACGGCGUAGACGACGGGCAAAUGCUUUCUACACUGCCAGUGUUCCUCUUGAGAGGAAGGACCACGAUCUGAAGCGGGCCGUAGAACCGAUUUCUGUUCCGUCCACCUUCGUCUUACCCCCAUCCACCUUCCCAUGGUUUUCCGGAACUGGUACACAGACCUCCGAUAUCUCGGCCAAUUCGGGAGCCAAUAUUUCAACGGCAACGCGCAUCACCCACUUGUCAACUCCUGGAAAUAGCGCUACGGCUGGUGAACAUUUGAGCAGUUCAUCCAUUAGCUUGAGCUCAGCGUUAACAGUAGUCGUUCCAGAUAGUCCAACUGUGUUGUUUCAACCUUGUCCAAAGGAAAGGCGACGAGAAACAGAGCGGCCUGAUUGUUUGCGAAGCCGAAGUAGUCGGGAUCGAGAUCGACGGAGCCAUGGAGCUGGAUCGACGACCUCUAAUCCAGCCGCAGUAGAAACAACCAAUGUGGCCGAAUAUUUUGGAUCCAACACGAUGCAAUACCUGUUAUACAACCUACAUACUGGUCGAAGUCCCUUACAGUUUAUCAGUGCAACCAAUCUUGGUCCGGGAAGUGGAGAACGCCAUCAUGGACACGGUGCUCGCCAUCAUCAUCACCAAAAUCCUUUUGGCUUGCCAAACAUGGUGGAUAGUGUGGCUGAAGUUUUGGGUCGUGUAAAUAGUUUGCCCAAUGCCAACAACAAUCACAACGAAGCUGUUAGGCUGCGAAAUAAUGGAUCGGAACCGGAAGAACUUCAGUCACCCCCAAUUUUGCCUCUUGUUAAGAGCAGACGAUACUACCGUUUCAAAUUAUGGCCAAAGUGCCCGUGGUCAAAUUCUCCCACUUCAGGAUCCAUAAAAAUCCGCUUUGAUCGCUUAGCUCUACUGGCUUUGUUUGAUCGCAACGUCUCCUCGUGGGAUAGUGCGCUUUGCGUUCUUUUAGCCCUCACUGUAAGCAUCUUGACGGCCCUAGUACUCCGCUCUGGACUUCUUCAAGACGCGUACGCCUUUUUAUUUUGCCUGGUCUGUGCUGGAUGCCAGUACUCGAUGCUCAAAAGUGUUCAACCGGACGCAGCUUCACCCACUCACGGCUUUAAUCGACUGGUGGCUUUCAGCCGCCCAGUCUACUUCAUCGUUUUGGUCUCACUUCUCUUGCUGGCCGAUUAUUACGCCACCAAUCGCAUCGGCCGUUCUACUUAUCUUUAUGGUGUCGAAUGGGGCAGUUCCGAACAAUUGUUAAUCAUUAGAAAUUUUUUGUUGAUUCUAAUCCUCGGUUUCCCGGCCAUCUUCAGCCUGGGCCUUUUACCGCAGAUUUCUACGUUUACCGUUCAUGUUCUAGAACAAGUCGACAUCCACGUCUUCGGAGGAACAGCCGUUACUGGCCUUAGUUCAGCUAUUUUUGUCGUGUUGCGAUCAUGUUUUUUGGUAGCUCUUCUUGGGCCCGCUUUUGCUGGUUUAAAAGAGCAAGCAAAUUCACAACACAUCUUUUUUUCGGCCUAUUGUGGUCUAUUAGUCGCCUCAUGUUAUCAUGUCAGUCGUUGCUCUUCGGAUCCGUCAACCCUUUGGGGCUGGAUAAUCCAGUUGGCUACUCAAAAGGACAUAAUUGGAACAAAAGAAGAAAGCAAACCGGACACUAAGGUGCUGCCCAAUGAGGAGGAAGAAGAUUCGCUUCCUCGACAGAUGCGUGAAACGAUUGUGGCACGACUCCGUUCGGACGCCAUUGUCUGCCCGCUAGUGGCCAUUUUAGUAUUUGGCGUUCAUUGCAGCACCGUCUUCACCAGCCGACAGUUACAACCCAUCUUAGGUGAAGUGUUGUGGAUGACUCCAUCCGCCCUGGGUUUCUUGCUUCAUUAUCUCAUACCCCAGUUAAGGAAGCAACUACCUUGGCUCUGCUUCUCCAGACCGCUAAUGCGUUCACAUGAGCACAAUCAAUUUGAAGUUCACCAACCGGCUCGGCUCAUGUGGUUUGAACGAGCUUAUCUGUGGUUGACCAUGCUGGAACGCCACGUACUUUUGCCCGUCCUCUUCCUGGACGUGAUGACAAGAGAUUCACCUGUAUUGGUAACCAAAUUCGGAUUACCGGCUGGAACGAUUUUGGCCGUUGUUUGCGGUACCAAAGCUGUUCGCUCCUGUCUGACAGAUCCGUCUUCUCAGUAUCUUAUCAUCACUUUUGCAAAACUUUUAUUUGGCAAAGACUUGGCCAGUGCUGGUUAUACGGAAACUUUCCUAGUUGACUACUUUGUUGUCAGUUUGUUAAUAAGCAAAGUGGCGGAAUUCCUUCUGAAAAUUCAAUUCAUCAUCACUUACAUUGCCCCAUGGCAGAUCACCUGGGGUUCUGCUUUCCACGCGUUUGCGCAGCCAUUCAGCGUGCCGCAUUCUGCUAUGCUCUUCGCCCAGGCUGCAGUUUCAUCGCUCAUUUCGGCUCCGUUAAGUCCGUUUCUUGGGAGUGCCAUUUUCUUCACAUCCUACAUCCGACCUAUCAAGUUCUGGGAACGGGAUUAUAAAACUCGUCGAGUGGAUGCAUCAAACACCCGGUUGGCCAGUCAGCUUGAACCGAUGAGGAACCCCGGAGGAGACGACAACAACCUGAAUUCCAUCUUUUAUGAGCAUCUAACACGCUCGCUUCAGCAGUCGUUGGCCGGUGAUCUCAUGCUAGGCCGUUGGGGUGGUCCCAUUAGUCAGGGUGACUGCUAUGUGUUGGCAUCUGAAAAUCUUAAUUGCCUCGUUCAUUUAGUUGAGCUGGGCAAUGGGAUAGCGACAUUUCAGGUGCGCGGACUGGAAUUUCGAGGUACUUAUUGUCAGCAGCGCGAAGUGGAGGCAAUUUCAGAAGGUGUUGAAGAAGACGAUACAUGCUGUUGCUGUGAGCCCGGCCACCUACCUCACAUGCUAGGUGGAAAUGCUGCAUUUAACCAGAGAUGGCUGGCGUGGCAGGUGAUGGCUACGAAAUAUGUCCUAGAAGGUUACAGCAUUUCAGAUAACAAUGCAGCCAGUAUGUUACAUGUAUUUGAUUUGCGCCGGAUCCUGGUCACUUAUUACGUCAAGAGCGUGAUAUACUACGUAACCAGGUCGCCCAGGCUAGAAGAUUGGCUGACAAAUCCGUCAAUAGUUGAGGCACUCCAGUCAAUGUCGUCGGAUCGUUCAUUUGCUGAUCUGGACCCCGUCUUUAAUAUAAACAUCGACGAAGACUAUGACUAUCACGUGCCUGGAAUUACCCGCUUUAGUUUUUGUUCCGUCUACCUCAGUUGGAUCAAGUACUGUGCUGGACGUCGCGAAAAAUCCGUCGAUAGCGGUCGCGACUCCCUACUGGUAUCGCUUUGCCUAGGACUUAGUCUAUUGGGCCGCCGAGCACUUGGCUCAGCGGCUCAUUCGGCCUUAUCCAGUGUCGAAUUCUUCUUGUACGGACUUCAUGCACUCUUUAAGGGUGAUUUUCGUAUUACCUCUUUCCGUGAUGAAUGGGUAUUUAAUGACAUGGAACUUCUACGUCGGGUCGUCGCGCCGGGUGUUCGAAUGUCGCUCAAGUUGCAUCAAGAUCACUUCACAUGUCCGGAUGAGUACGACGAUCCCAGCGUUCUCUACGAAGCCAUAAGCGGCCAUGAAGAGAAGUUAGUGAUUUCUCACGAAGGCGAUCCCGCUUGGAGAAGAGCCGUCUUGUCAGGUGUUCCUUCGCUGCUUGCCUUGCGCCACGUCGUCGAUGACAACUCAGACGAAUACAAAAUUAUCAUGCUAAAUAAGCGAUUUCUCAGCUUCCGCGUUAUCAAGUUAAAUCGCGAAUGCGUCCGAGGCCUUUGGGCCGGACAACAACAAGAGCUUGUCUACUUAAGAAAUCGCAAUCAAGAAAGAGGGAGUAUACAAAACGCUAAACAGGUGCUACGGAAUAUCAUCAACUCUUCUUGUGAUCAGCCCAUUGGUUAUCCAAUCUAUGUUUCGCCGCUAAUGACUUCAUUCGCUGAAACUCAUCCGCAAAUCCGGAGCACCCUAGGUGGACCGUUAAGCAUACAGGCCAUUCGGAAGGCCGCUCUAGUCUUUUUCCGAAGAUUGAGAACGCGUUGUGGAGAAGGCUGUUCUAGCGGUGGAUCUGGAGUAGGAGGACCUGGCGGAGUGCAAUGUGGUGAUGUGGAAAUCAGUUUGGAAAAUCUUCGUUCAAAUUUAAUGUCAACGGCAACAACUACGGGUAGCUUGAAUGCUACCACGACAACGACUUCUGUUGGGAGAGGGUAUCCCGCCUUCACAUGUAGUUUUACAGGAUCAACUAGCAGUGCGCUCGGUCCAAUGGGUCUUGGAACCUACGCCGCGCUUAACGCUUCUAGCGCUGGAAUGACUUCCUUUGCAUUCAAUCCGGCACGAGGAUCGAGCCCACGCAGUUCUCUCGGCACCCAGAGAGGUAGCAUUGCUUCCACUAUGAGUGGAACGUUGAGGAAACCAUCCGGCUCUACUCUUAUUAGCCUAGCAGGUAUGCUAGCUGAAAGAGAUUCCGUAGCAGCUGCGACAGCCGCCGCCGUCACGACGGCCACGUCAACACCCAUGGGGAGUGGAACACUUAAUGGGAGUGCUCCGUCCGUACGUGAAAGACGUUCUAGUCGGGGUUCAGAGUCUCAAGAGCGUGAUGUUCGCUUACGGCGUCAAGCAGCAGAAUCAGGAGCUGGUGCUGCAACUCGGCAGAGAAAUUCUUCUGGGCGAACUGGUGAAGAAGAAAGACGUGGCGCAAGAGAACGGAGUCGCCGACGAGAUCGCUCCAGACGUGAUCGUUUUGAUCGGCUUGAAACUGCGGACACUGACCGACCUCUGUACGAAACAGAGGCAUUUAUGGACAGUCGGAUCUCUGUUGAUCAACUUGUUAAGAUUGUCGAUCCCAAUCAAGUUUACGAUACAAUCAAUCUUGGUCGACGCAUUGACGUCCUUUGGCCGAGCCAGACAAUUCGCAAUCAAGGUGGCAAAUCUUACUGGAAAUCUUGGCUUCCCGAAGAGGGCAUGGAAGGAGUGGUUGUACAUCGCUGGGUGCCUAAUCAUCCAGAUUCACGACAAAGAUCGCAUGUGGAUCGCGUUAUUCUUCUUUUGCAAAUAGAAGAUAAAUACGUCCCGAUUGCCGAAUCGGCGGUCGAACCAGUAUUAUUUGCCAGCACUAGCAUUGGGGAAUCAAGCGUCCUGAGUGAAAUUAAGGUUAAAGCCAAGGAACUCGCCGAUUAGAUUUCCAAAAAUUGAAAUUUUUCAAUUAGUUUUCUUUCUUUUUUCUUUUCUUUUUGAGUCGAGUAGGCUCAAAACAGGUGAUUAGAUUUGAAUUGUCAACUCCGAAUUGGUUUUGAUGAAAUUUGUUUGUAAAUAGUUUUGUGUUACCGGAAAUGUGUAUUGUUUGACAUUGAUUAUGGAAGGACCACUGUGAUUUACAAACAUUGUCAAUAGUAUAUGAAUGCGUGGAAUAUAAUUUGAACUGAUA